AUGGAAAAUAAAGCGCUUGUCGGGGUACUUUUGCUCUUUGUUUUUCCACUCCCCGGUUUCAGUCAGUUCCUCGAUCCAUCCUGCGGAAUUCGAGCUCAACCAAAGGCGACGAAACGGGUCAUCAAUGGCAAGAUAGCGGAAUAUAACUCCAGUCCCUGGAUGGUCUUCCUCAAAUCAACCGACGAUAGAUUCGUGUGCGGUGGAACUCUGAUCACAAACAAAUUGGUACUGACAGCAGCCCACUGCUUUAAGCCGAAUAAGACCUUAUUUGCUCGCCUGGGGGAGUAUAAAAGAAGCCAGGAAGACGGAUGUAUCGGAUAUUACUGUCACUUUCGAGCGGAGCAUAAAGUGGAUGCGGGUUUCAAGCAUCGUCUAUACGAUCCAAAAACACAUUUGAACGACAUUGCAGUUCUGCGACUGGCAACUUCCGUUAUUUACAGAGACAACAUAAGGCCCAUUUGCAUUGUGUUGGACCCCAAGUGGAGGCAGUACAUCGACAAGAUCCAGGUGCUUACCGGAACGGGAUGGGGCAAAACCGAGUCGCAACCUGAUAGCGAUGAGCUGAGGACCCUGAACAUUCGGCGGCAGCCUCCACCGGUGUGCAAUUACUAUAUUGGUACCAACUUGAGGAGCAGUCAGUUCUGUGCGGGCAAUUGGAACAGUAAUCUGUGCAAUGGAGAUUCCGGUGGACCUCUGGGAACCAUGAUCCCGUAUAGGAACACCCAACGCUUUGUCCAGAUCGGCAUAGCCAGUUUCACGAACCAAAGAUGCCAUCGAGCGAGUGUCUACACGGAUAUUCUGAGCCACGUCGACUUUAUUCUUCGGGUGUGGCGGCAGUACGGACAUGGUCAAAAGGUGCCGAUACCAACUAGACCACCAAUAAAGCCACCCACUAGGCCACCAACCAGACCCCCUACUCCAACACCUACUGCACCACCUAUUGCACCACCAGCUCCACCACCGACCCAACCACCUUUAGCACCACCAAUCCAUCCACCAGAACCAGAACCAAUCUUCGAGGAUUAUCGGGAUAAUUGGGACAGGGACUCUUACAGGCAUUCGGAGAGGGAUUUUGACUACGAGUAUGGAGAUUACGAUUCGAGAGAGUUUUCACGAAAUCAUUAUGGGUAUCUAUAUGGCGGUCCACAAUUUCCCGUUCAAAGUGCACACUUGUUGUACCGAUUCCUCAAGACUUCCCCUGAGCAAAUCCGAGGCAAGAAGGAGCUGGAAUAG